GCUGUCAAUCAUGUGUGUGGGCGGUGUCAGUGAUACUUCCAGUAAAGCCCUCAUACACACGUCCACUCACUGAACACACAUUCACAGAGGCGCAGAGAGGAGCACAACAACAUCACUACCAGCGGAUGACAACAACAACAGAACUUUUUUUCUCCUACUGAAAGGAUUUCUAAUAGAAAGAAACUUUCUUUUAUUUAUUUUAGUUGAGUGUUUUGUUUUGUCAUUAGUCUGGGAUGUAAGACUCAGUGCAGACUCGGUGCGUCCAGACUGACUGUUGUUUUUCACGGACACAUUUAAAAGGCGAACUUUUUUUCCUUCUAUAAGGAGUGACAUUUUCAUGACAUUGUAAGAACUUUUUGAAAAGCUCCGUCAACACUCGACUAUGGCGGAAGCGGCGCAGCAGCAGCAUCAGCCACACCUGGUGGACAUUGACCCGGAUUUUGAACCCCUUUCGCGGCCGCGCUCCUGCACUUGGCCCCUGCCCCGGCCGGAGUUCGUUAACCCGGGCGAUUCUAACACAUCAUCACCGGUGCCCUCCGUGAAGCAGGAGCCCGCCGGUAACCCCGACUUCAUCAACAACCUUAGUCUGUUGGAGGAGAGCGAGGACUUGGAGGAGCACAAGCCCGUCCUCCUGUGCGCUGACGGUUUUCAGUGUCAGGAGAACUGCGUCCAGCAGCAACAACCUCUACAGCAGCAACAUCAGCAACAACUCCCGCAUCACCAGCAGCAUCAGCACCAUCACCACCAGCAGCAGCAGCAGCAGGUGGCUCUUCUCUCCUCACCGGUUGGUUCUUCGUCCUCUGCGGCCGCAGCUGCCGCCGCUGCUGCCCAGAGGAAGAGCAGCUCCUCACGGCGGAACGCGUGGGGGAACAUGUCAUAUGCAGACCUCAUCACCAAAGCUAUUGAAAGUUCUCCCGAAAAACGUCUGACUCUGUCCCAGAUCUAUGACUGGAUGGUGAAGAGUGUGCCAUAUUUCAAGGAUAAAGGGGACAGCAACAGCUCUGCAGGAUGGAAGAACUCCAUUAGACACAACCUGUCACUGCACAGCCGCUUUAUCCGCGUUCAGAAUGAAGGGACGGGAAAAAGCUCCUGGUGGAUGUUAAACCCAGAAGGUGGGAAGAGUGGGAAGUCACCACGACGCAGAGCUGCCUCUAUGGACAACAACAGCAAGUUCAGCAAAAGCAGAGGAAGAGCAGCAAAGAAAAAGCUCUCCCUACAGGGUGGUCCUGACGGAGGUGCUGACAGCCCUGGCUCCUACUCUAAGUGGCCCGGAAGCCCCAAUUCACACAGCAACGACGACUUUGAGGCAUGGAACAGCUUCAGGUCUCGGGCCAGCUCUAAUGCUAGCACUCUGAGUGGCCGCCUGUCACCUUUUGUGCCUGAGGACGAUCUUGGUGAGGGGGAAGUGCAUAUGGGUUAUCCAGGAGCACCUGGAACCAAAAUGACAUCCACACUGCCAAGUCUGACAGAGAUGACUGGAACUCUGGGACACAGUUCUGAGAAUGUGAUGGAGAAUCUUUUGGACAACCUAAAUUUGCUCUCACCCAACAAUUCUCAGGUCGGUGCAGGUGCAACCAGCCCUGGCUCAUCCCAGUCGUCCCCGUCUCCUAUGAUGCAGCCCAGCCCCGGCUACCCUGCUUACAGCUCUGCCAGCAUGGCCUCACAGCCUCAACAGGAGUAUCGGAAAUGUGGGUACGGACAACCUGGAAUGAACAGCCUGCCAUCUAUGCCACUGCAACCACUGCCAGAGAGCAAGCCCAGUUUUGUAUCAGGUAUGGGUCAGUACAGCUGCCCAGCUGGGCUGCUGAAGGAGCUGCUAACUUCAGACAGUGACCAGCACGGAGAGCUGAUGCCAUCAGUGGACACUGUUGUGUCUCAGUCCACAGGAAGCUGCAUGCUGCCGCCUUACAGCAGCAGUCAGCAUGCACCCAAACUCAUGAGUGGAGGGAACGGUCACAUGCAUGCUCUGUCUCACGGUCACACUCACAGUGUGCACAACCAGGCUAAGAAUGGCCGUUUGCUAAUGUCGCUCCACGGUGGAGGCAGCGCCCAUUUGCCUGCAACCAAAAGCCCAAUGCAGAUGUCAUAUGGUAUAUCCAGUCACCACGGAGGGGGAGGCAUGCCGGGGGGCUUCUGUCCUCUCAACACAAAUGGAUAUGGUCGACUUGGGCCAAUGCUGCCAUCACACCCAGAGAAGCUCCCCAGCGACUUGGACGACAUGUCCAUAGAGAAGUUCGAGUUUGACAUGGAGACUGUUCUCCAUGACACUCUGAUGGAUGGGGACUCUCUUGAUUUCAACUUUGAACCAAUGGUUACACCUCAAGGUUUUACCCACGGGGUUAAGACCACCACACACAGCUGGGUGUCAGGAUAGACACUGUGGUUUAUAACAUGCUGUCUAUAUUAACCGUUUUCUGUCCCAGUUUAAUCCCCAUUUUCCAGAGCAUGUGAGUGUAGAUGAGUAGGGGUCAGAGCAGUGUGUUUGGAGUGAGUUUUAAAUAACGGAGGAAGACGUGUCCCUGCAUUAACUUCGUGAGACAAGUACCGAAGGCGGAAACCAGCAGCUGAACAUUGUUUGUAUAGGAAAGGGUUAGGAUUAAAGUAAAUCUCAAUAUUUUAAGUACAUAUGAAAUAGAAAGGGGUCAAUAAUUGGGAAAAAAAAACUAUUGUCCAAAAAGGUAAAAAGAUAUGGUACACGAGUAGACUGAGUUAUAAUUUUGGGAGCCACAGCAGGGCAAGGGUUGACAGGAGCAGCUGCGCUCUUAAGUAAGCGCUGAGCAGCCUUGUUCUUCUGAGAGAAGGAAGGCUGGGAGGAGUCACUUUAUGAAGGUAAAAUUCUUCACCCUCUGCCACUCACAUGCUCUGCCCUCUACUGUCUCUGUACCAUAAACAUUUCUGUUUCAAAAACUCUUUUUGGAUCAGCUCAGCUGACUAAGACCGGUUGUGGUCUUCUGAAGACGUGGCACCAUUACAGCUCCUGAACUGAGGACAGUGAUGUCAAAAGCAAAUACAUUCUGAAAUAUCAAAUGUAAAGCUUGAUCCAAGUGCCAAACAAUUUGCCUUAAAUGUAACAGCCAAAAACGGAAGUACAUCUUUGUUUACUCACCAAACCCGAAAAUACUACACUGUGGUUAAGACUGCAAAUGUUCAGAGGUGAUACUGCCAACUAUAUACAUCUCGUCAAGUCUAUUCUUCAGUCUUCAUUGGCAGCAGCAGCACCACAAUCUGCAGAGGGGCACAAACUCAUACCACGCUGUUUACUCUCUCCACAAUCAACCUUUUUGUAAGUGCCGUGUAGUGACAAUUGAUUUUCACUAUGGGCAGUUUGUGAAGGUAAUGUGGCUCAUGGGUCUGUGGACUGAUGUGAUUUAAGGUGGGAGACGUCCCAAGGGAUCUUUGGAUGAUGUUACAUGAAAACGCUCACUUUGUCACUGCCUGAAUGUAUAUAUGUAAAGUUGGCGUGUAGUUUGUAAAACCAGGUCCUUAGAGUUCUUUAUGAGAUUGUAAAUAGUUGUUUUCAGGUUUAAAGCAAAAACAAUGGCAGCAGAAAUGAGCUCACAGAGAAAACUGGAUCAGGUUCUCAGACACGCUGAUUAAGUUGCCAGAGCUGUGUUUCCUGACAGGCUGUAAGAAAAUAUCAAGCUAUCUUAUUUCUUGUAAAUAUAACAAGCGUGAAUAACGAUGCAGUAGGUGUCAAGGAGAUUUCAUAUUUUGACACCCAAAUUAUAUAAGUCAUUAUGUAGACCGCUUGUAAAAAAUGUUUGUAGAGGUAUCAAUGAGGGGACUGGAAAUCCUCCACUGAUUUCAGAAAUAAAUUAGUUUGAAAAAAGUCAAUGGGAAAAUGAGGAUUUGAGGAUGACUUCUCUCUCCAUUUAAAACACUUUAAACAUGAUUUUAGGCAUUUGUGGUUCUGCUUUUCUUUUGUCUAUUUUGUACAUCAUCACCCAGAGUUUGGAGGACAAAGAUCAUGCCCAUGGUCUGUCCAUCUCCCAUGGCAGUCUGUGUCUGUUGGCCAUUGUUGGUCACAGCUUCACCACAUUUCAACCAGUCUCUUUAAAACACUACAGUGAUAAAUAGUAACCAUUUAAGGAAACAUCCAGAAAAUACACUGACAAAUUUAGAUUACUAUUGAUAUCUUACAUGUUGCCUGUUAUGGGCUCACACCUAACAUGUGGCAGAUAAAAGCAUUUAUGGCUACAUUUUCAAGAUUUCAAGAAAUGGCCCACAUUUUCUUUCCUGGUAAAGAGCGUUCACCGGGCGUUAGAAAAAACACUGGCGUGGACGUUACAUGUUUUUUGUGAUUAUAGAAAAGUCAAUCUAUUCAGGCCAAGGGUAACUCAUCACAAACCUACUUGUUUAAAUAAAUAUAAUGGUUAAAUAUGUUUUACACACAAAUGCACUUAAAUUCAAAGGUUUUUCAGGUCUUUGCAAAACCCUAACUUCAUCAACUUCUUUAUGCUGAUUAUGCCCAUAUCACUUCCUUUUUGCUUGCACAUACUGUAUACCUCAGCAUGCAGGCCGUAAAAGGCAGCAGCAUUUAGGACAGAGAAAAACUGAUCAUCUUGACUCAGAAGAAACAAGGAAAUACGUUUUCAAUAUCCCCAUUAGUCACUGUUUGUCUGAGCCUUGUUGCAGGAAACAUUCACCAGUGUUUCUGCAUGUAGCAGGUAUCUUAUUCACACAGUAUUUUGCUCUGGAGGGUGUCUUGAUGAACAAAAUUUAGGUAAUUUGGUUUGCAAAAAAUCUGCAACUAGACUGACAAGUCUUUAUUUGAUUCAUUAUGUUGUGUAUGGAGCAGCCGAGUUUUCCCAUUGACUUCCAUUUACAAGAAGGUACUUCCAAAAAAAAAACGGCGGUUCCUGUCUUUUUAUGGUUUCACUUUCUACCAAUGUUUGCAACAACCAGAUAGCCUUUCCAAUUCUUAUAUGUGGUGAAUAUAAAAUUUAUGCUGGAGCAUAAUCUUCACUCAGAACUUUCUGACUGAAGGUUCUGAGUCAUUUAUUACUCUGAACCUUUAAGCCACAGAGGCCUAUUUAACGUGCCUACCGUGAUAAUAACCACAGGCUUGAGAGGUUUCCUACUCUAAAUGUCAAUGGUCCAGAAGAUAGUAAAAUAAAGUGGUCUUAAAGAAAAGCACUAUAAGAUCUUCACAGUAGUUGUAGUAAAAAGAUAUUGAUAGCCAUGUGUUGUUGUUAUUCAGGGUUUCUCAAACACAACAUUCCUUAGAAGCUUAGCGGUGGGCAACACCACUUUGUUCAGUUUCUUAAACUUGUAGAGUUGCCUCCUUCUUAACCUUGGAGCAUGAGAAUGACCUCCGUGACCUGGAACCUUCAUAGACACAUUGGGAAUGUAAGUGCAUCCUGGCAGACUCAUGAACAUCUCACUGCACAUGCAUCAAAGUAGAAUUUAAAAUCUGCUAGAGAUGGGCCUUAAAGUCACUGUGAGUUCCCUGGUGCAGUGUCACAACAUUUUUUCAUUCCCCACUCAAAAAUGUUAGUGUGACUGAUUUAAAUUACUUCAGUAUGAUUCCUUUUGACACAGUCACUGGAAUCGGCCUUUUCUGCUCUCAACAAGACUCCAGUUUCACUUUGCCUCUACCUCUAUCUCUCUGUCUUUUCUAACAGUAAUGUGAUAGCUCCAAACACUUUUGAAUGCAGGUUCUUCCUGGUUUCUUUUUUAAAUAUGUUUAAAUGCUUUACUAUUGAGCAUAUUCAUUUGUAUAUAUGCAUUUGGUUCCCCUGUUUAUCACAUUCAUUGUUAUGUUGACUUGUCAGACAUUGGGUCACUCUAAUGCAGAGUCAUGCGUAGUUUUGAGUGAUGAAGGUGUCUGGAAUUGUUUUUUUGUUUUUUUUAACCAAGUCAGUUUGGCUGAAAGACUGAGGCUCAAUCCCAUUUCACUCUCUUGCCUUUCUGACACGUACCCUUGUGUUUUGCUCAUCCAACAGUGCAUGAGCUUGGCACAGUAACUGCUAUAGCUCUAAAACUUGAUAGGGAAGGAUCUAGGCUACUAUCAAAACUGAAUCCAAAGUUUUAAUUUGUCUCUUUAAUCUGUUAAUGUUGCGUUUUUGUUUACUUUCACUUACAAGUGGAAACCAGCUGUAGGACCACCUACAGCACUGACCCCGCCCAACUAACAUUAGUACUACCUCAGUUUAUUUUUUAUUUUAUCAGACAUAAACCAGGGAACAUGAACAAAAGACCAUGUACUUACAGGGGUGAUCCAAACUUCAUGGCUACUGUUUUGAUUUGGGAUAACUUGAUCCAACUUUUUCAUUUCCGAUACCAAUACUGCAACUUGGAGUGUGUGCUGAUACAGAUAUCAGUCCAACGCCUUCUUUUCUCCUCUAGCGGGCUGCCCUUUGCUGAGGUGAUUGUGUCUUUGUUUACUACAUGUCACUCAAAGCUAAGUUGGCUGACAGGAUAUAGUUGGUUUUUCAAUAUCUGAUCCUGAAAUUUUUUGGAGUCUUCGGUUGCUUAGCAUGAGUUUUUAGCUCAGCAUACUAGAACUUUCUUGCUGUGUAUUUUGCCUGAUAUAUUUAAGGCAUUGAAGAUAUUUUCUGAUAUGUCUGUCAUGGACAUACAACACAUUAUGUCAGUCAUAUUUUCAAAGAUUUUCUCACUACUUACUAGAUAGGAGAGCGCUUCUGUAAUUUAUUUGCAAGGGUUAAACGGUAAAAAUUAGACAUGGGAUUGGGCCUCAGUGUCUACGGAAUAGGCAACUGUUUUAGAACAAAAGACUGCCUGUUCAACAUUCAUCUUUAUUGACUAGUGGGCGUAAAUGUGCUUUAGUUCAAGUUGUGCUUUGGACAUUUCGGCCUCAGACUACAGCAGGAAGCUCGUUCUUUGGCUUUUGUGUUGGACUGAAAUCUUGGCUAAUCUAGAGCAGUAAUGAGACCUGAUCUGUCGUGGCUGACUAAGAUCUGAAGAAACCUGGGAGAGAAAUGACUUACGAAGGUUACAUUAAAAUAUUUACAUUUCAAAAGGCUCUGCAGAGAAGCUGUUAAAAAGCUGCUGUUUGGUUUUAGUGAUAGGUGUCGCCUUUUCUAACCCAACAUGCCAUAUUGUACUAUAGCCAAGUUUGCCUUUGAAGUUAAAGUGAUAUAUUAAGCAUUUUAUAUAUAUGUAUAUAAAGUUAUAUAUGUGUUUAUAUGUACAUCUAUGUAUAUAUGUAAAUAUAUAUGUACACACAGUAUAUAUGUAUAUAUUUACAUAUAUAUAAAUAUAUAUAUAUUAGGACUGGGCGAUGAUUAAAAAAUCUCAAUCAAAAUUCACCGCAUGACUUCUUGCGAUUAGUCUCGCUGUUAUGCAAAAUCCAGUAAUCAAUUUAAAAGUAGUGCAUAGCUCACUUUUAUUUUAAAUCUACUGCCAUAUGAACCAAAGUGCCAUAACGCUUGUUGUGCAAACACUUUUAACAUCAGCAUUUUCUAUGUAGCAGCUAAAUGAAAUAUUUAAUGUAAAUCUCAAAUCACAAUGUAAUCGAAGCAAAUACAAGUAAAUACGAAAGCUUAUUGCCACUGAUGUUAUCCUGUUUGUUUCACAGCUGAGAUUUACUGUGCAGCGGUUUGUAUGUGCAUGUUAGCAUGUCUGAUUGGACAAUGACGGUUUGGGGGUGGGGUUUAAAGAAAGCAAUUCCCUUCUUUUACUGUUCCUGUGAGCACCGCAGCAGUAAGCAACUGACUUUUACAUAAUAAAAGUCAGUGAGCAACAGACGUACUAAAUAACAGAAUGAAUUUAAUGCCCACCCACACAUUAAGGCACAAUAAAAUAUUUCUGUGUUCAUUAGUUAAUGCGUUAAUAACACUUUAAAAUGCCCAGCCCUUAUAUAUGUAUAUAUAUGUAAAUAUAUAUACAUACAUAUAUUUAUAUAUAUAUAUAUAUAUAUACACAUAUAUAUGCAUAUAUAUGUAUAUAUAAACGUAUAUACAUUUUAUAUGUACAUAUACAUUUACAUAUGUACAUAUAGUACAUGUACACAUAAAGUGCCGGUCACUCAAGUCUAAAUGAACUGUAAUGAAUCAUUGUAGUCAGUGUCACAGGGUUCAUUUUGAAACAGCUAUACUAAGUAAAUUAUAUCUCUACAUUUAUAGAUUUGUAAAAUCUAUGCAUUUUAUUUUUUAAUUUUGAGUUGCUGUUGUUAUAUUUUUCUCUCUUUUUCAAAUUCCGAAAAGAUGUUAUAUUGUACAUUAGCGCUGUGAGAUUUUACGGUGUCGUUCUUGUUGCUGUUGUCAAAACAUUGUUUCCAUGAUAUAGUUCUAUGGGGAAAAUGAAGUUUAUUUAGAAAAUAGAUGAUGCAGUGAUUGAUGGGCUGAGCUUUUGUAAACUGACAAUGUUGUACUUUCUUGUAUUUAGCUCGAGUUUUUAGAAGAAAACAUUGAUAUGCUUAAAAUUUGUUAUAUAUUGGAUUUUUAAAGUAUAUAUACGAUAUGUAGUUUUACAGAAAAAAAAUGCUCAAAAACCAGAUUCUGGACCAAUUCUUUUGUAAUCUUAUAAAUAGAAACGUUGCACUUUUACUUAUGUUUUAUAACUAAGUGCUCCUCAUGACAGAGGAAGAAUAUUCAAUACAUAUUUAUAAAAGCAAAAUCUGUUACAUUUAACUUAUACAGAAAUCAAUUGGAAUUAUUCUGUGUGAUUUGCAAUCAUUAAGAAUAUAUAACUUGUUCAAUAUUAAUGUAUUAAGACCUGAAUAAAUGUACUUCUGUGUUAAA